AUGUUCCAGUUGCCUAUUCUGAAUUUCAGCCCCCAGCAAGUAGCUGGGGUAUGCGAGACCCUGGAGGAAAGCGGGGACAUUGAGCGUUUGGGCCGCUUUCUUUGGUCCCUCCCUGUGGCUCCGGCAGCGUGUGAAGCACUAAACAAGAAUGAGUCGGUGUUACGAGCCCGGGCCAUUGUGGCCUUCCACACAGGGAACUACCGGGAACUCUACCACAUUCUGGAGAACCACAAAUUCACCAAGGAAUCUCAUGCCAAAUUACAGGCCCUGUGGCUGGAGGCUCACUACCAAGAAGCCGAGAAGCUCCGGGGGCGACCUCUGGGGCCAGUGGACAAGUAUCGGGUGAGGAAGAAGUUCCCUUUACCUCGGACCAUCUGGGACGGGGAACAGAAGACUCAUUGCUUCAAGGAGAGGACAAGACACUUGCUUAGGGAGUGGUAUCUGCAGGACCCUUACCCCAACCCCAGCAAAAAGAGAGAACUAGCCCAGGCAACCGGACUUACCCCUACGCAAGUAGGCAACUGGUUCAAAAACCGCAGACAAAGGGACAGAGCAGCAGCGGCCAAAAACAGGCUACAGCAGCAGGUGCUGUCCCAGGGCUCAGGUCGGUCACUGCAGACCGAGGAGGAGAGCGCUGGGGAACCUCUGGGGGCCGUCGCCAGCCCCGCUGCAAGCCUGUCUAGCAAAGCCGCCACGUCGGCCAUUUCCAUCACAUCCAGCGACAGUGAAUGUGACAUCUGACGCCCAGGUCACCAUCUCCAUCCCCAUACACAAAACACAGACAGAAGAAGUGAAGGAAUAUGUAAAAAGUACAGUAAAAUAAAACAAAACAGAAAAAGCAAAAUAAAACAAAGGACAGAGAAAGAGAGAGCAAACGAAAGCUAGUGCCUGCAACCUGCCAACGUAGGGAAGCUUCUGAGCUGCUUUCUAAGGAUCCCAGGCUAUAGAUGCAAUGCCUGAUGGAGAGACAUUUUCCCCACUAAAAACAAACAAAAAACAACAACAGCAUAAUGUCUUAGUGGGGUGCAACUAGGAAUUAAGAAAAACUAAAUACCAAGUCUCUGCUGCCCUUUCUUUCUCUAAAAGGAUCUUGCUGAAAAGAUGCCUCCGGAACAUGAAUGCUAAGCUGCAAAUAUGUUUGAGCCUGCGCUGUAACUCUCGUGAAUAUUUCAUGUCAAAAAGACAUGGGGUGAAUUGGGAUCUAAUUUUUUUGUUUGUUUUAUAUAUAUAUAUUUUGUUUUAAAGGUUUUUUUAAAAUGUUUAUUUACUUAUUUAAGGGAUCUCAUGGUAGGUUUUUCUAUGCUUUUUUUUUUCUUUUGGGGGCUUGUAAUUUCUUUGUGCACACCUGUAGUAGAGCAUGUGCGCUGGCUAGUGCAGGAUCAGUACUGUAUGGAAAAGGUAAAACAAUAAAAAUAAUCUGGUAAGGAACUUUUAUUACCUAUAUAAUUUGCUUCCAAAUUCUUAAAGAUAAUCCUAAACUUCACACCUUCACAUUUGUAGGGCAAGGGGUUAUGUAAUCCCAAGAUAAGAAAGAAUUUUGGGUUUUUUCUUUCUUUUGAUGAUGUUAAGCUCUCACUGGGA